AUGCGCCCCCCGGUCCUCUCUGCGCCUCCCUGCCGCUCCCGGGACCGACAGCUUUUACGCACGGGUUACGCAUGCGGGAGUGCGCCCUGGAGCUGGUGCCAGAGCUGGAUGUGGAGCGCGCAGGUCUGCUGUGACACACUGGGGGAAAGAGCUCACGCUGGAAACAUCUGGGAAGUCCGCGCUGCUGCCUCUGCACACAUUGCCCUUAUCACCAUGGAUGACAACGUUACAGUGCAUGAACUGCAGUCGUCGCCUCCUCGAGGGCUCCCUGUACGGCUGUCGGGGGUUCUGAGUGACUCCACGUUGUCGGCGCGAGGCGCGGUCUCAGGAGCGCUGAAGAUAGACCUCCCGCCGCCAUUCAAAGGUGAUGGCACUGAAUCUUUCUCCAGUUGGGCUCGUCGCUUUGAGGUUGCCGUUGAAGCUAUGAGUUCACCGGAUAUGGACUAUUCUGCUAUGAGAUCUGCUAUUCUACCUACUAGACUUUCUGAUGCUGCAUUUUUGCUCUGGGACAGUUUACCCUCAGCAACAAAGAAGGAUUAUGACACGGUCAAGGUGAAGCUGGGUGUUGUUUUUGGCCCAAAGUACUCCCUGCCCUUUUUCCAAACUCAUGUAAAUGCUCGUCCUCGUCAGCCCGGGGAGAGCUUGGAUGUUUACAGUGCAGAUAUAACCCGAUUGGUGUUGGAGGCUUUUCCGAGGUAUGACCACAAUGCCAUAGAGGGGGAGAAAUUUCGUCGUUUUGUGGCUGGUUUGGACCCGUCACUUCAGGCCAAAAUACAUGAGCAGGGAGCAGAGGACAUUGAAGAGGCCCUGCGUGUAGCAAGUCGCUGUGAGAGGGCACGUGUGGCUCUUCAGUUAAACUCUACGGAUCACGCAUGCAGGGUCACUGGGUCUGCUGACCAGGUGGCAAUGGUCAGGCCCAGACCCUCGGAGGAUAAGCUCCUUCAGGCAGUAGAACAGCUAACACUCACUGUUGAUGGUCUCAGACAGGAAGUUCACCAGUUACAUGAGAAACAUGGUCUUCUUGCGGACCGUUUCAGACAGAGGGGCUACUACUCCCCUGAGCGUUAUGGCAGAGAUAGUUCCCGGAGAUCCAGUCCUAGCCCCAAUGCACACCAGAGAUACAGGGAGCAGGACACUGACUGGAAAGGCCACUAUCCCUCCUCCCCCAGAUCAGGGACCUAUGCUAGAUAUGAGCGUACGGAUUAUCCUCGCAGUCCCAGCCCAGCGGCGAGGGGACGUAGGGAUCCCAGCCCACGUUCAAGACAAAGUUGUGCAAAGCUGGCCUAUCCCACGGACUGCGACAGAGAUGCAUCAUGCACUGCUGUGGGCGCCGUCCUGGGACAGAAACAAGAGCAGACUGAAAAAGUAGUGGCUUACGCCAGUCAUGUCUUGACGAAAGCGGAGAAGAGACGCAGCCCUGUUCCUCAGCAGAGGGCUCCCAUGAAAACCAUUGUUGCCACAGAGCCAUUUCAGAAAGUCGCUGCAGAUAUCCUUGAACUCCCUAUUACUACUCGUGGCAACAGGACUCUCUCCAUCUCUUCUCUCCUCCUUUUCCUGGUCCUCGGUUCACAGAAAGCUGUCAGUCAGUCCAGUGCCCCGUUAGAGUGUAAUGACUGGGGGGAGUCGAGCGACGGCGCGGUGCAGAUUCUGGACGGUCAGUCUGGGUUUCUGUCCUGUCCGCUCUUCUCUCAUCCCUCUGUCUACAACUACUCCUCCUCCCAGAACACAGGACACAACCUGUUCUGGUUCCGGGUCCAAGAGGGAGACAUCGAACAGCCCAUCACCUACAGCACGAGGCUGAGCAAAGACAGAGACAGACUGUGGCUGCAGCCGGCGAACGCAUCCGACACGGGGCAAUACAUCUGCAUGUUACGGAAGAACACGUCAUGCUGUAAAAUCGCGAUGCGCCUCACCGUCCUGCGCGCUGAAGACGUUCCCCGGGAAAACCGCUGUGCUCCUGCCGUUGCCAUGACGCCGACCCCGGAGGAGAUCCCGUUUCAGCAAGGGAAGCUCCUGGUCUGUCCUGGCGCUCUCGAGGCCUCCAAGAUGGCCGACAGCCCCCCCACAGUGACCUGGACCUUUCUGGGACGAAACAGCAAGGACUGUCGGCAGUUCCCGCUGACCUCCCCCGAGCGGCAGCUGAAGGGUCCGUCCCUGCAGGUUCACAUCAUGAACAAGUUUUUCCAGGGUCUUUACUUCUGCUCCGUGCAAUAUCAGCGCAAAGGACGAACACUCAACUUCACCAGAGCCAUAAACGUCUCUGCAGUCACUUCACCAAAUCUGCCUAAAUUCCCAAAGAUUUUGCAGCCGACCAAAGAUUAUGUUUUCAGUCUCAAACAAGAUGAAGAGGCGCGUCUGAUCUGCAACGCUUUGUUCCCACAUCUGAACUCUCCGUGGGAAAUCUGGUGGACCAUCGACGGCAAAACUGUGGAGCAGCUCAAAGACCCACGCUUCUCUAAAACAGCCAGUAAGGUGAAGGAGGACCACGGAGACCGCACGGAGCAGAGCGUCCUCCUCAUCCAGGACUUUCAGGCCGAGGAUCUGCGUAGAGAGUUCAACUGCUCCGUGAAGAACAACAUCGGCAACGAGACCAUACGCGCCCAGCUCAAACUCGAGGCCUCCCUGCCGUCUCUGGAGCUGGGCUGUGGCCUCGGCGUCAUACUCUUCCUCAUGCUGCUCCUCUUCAUCAUUUAUCACGUGUUUUGGCUCGAGCUGCUGCUGAUCUACAGAUCCUGGUUUGGCACAGACGAACGACACACAGACGAUAAGGAGUUCGACGUGUACAUCUCGUACGCUCGAAACAGCGAGGAGGAGCAGUUCGUUCUGUCCACUCUCAGAAGCGUCCUGGAGAACGAGCUGGGCUACUCCGUCUGCAUCUUCGAUCGGGACAGUUUACCUGGAGGAACCAUCACAGACGAGACCCUGAGUUUCGUGGCACGCAGCCGGCGCCUCCUGGUGGUGAUCAGCCCCGGCUACGCCUCACGGGGGUCCCAGGCGCUGCUGGAGCUCAAGGCCGGCAUCAGCGGCAUGGCUCUAGGGGGUCACCUGCGCGUCAUCCUGGUGCAGUACCGGCCCGUGAAGAGGCAGGCGUGGGUGCGGGAGCUGCGGAGGGCCCGAGUGGCUCUGGCUCUGGUCCGAUGGCAGGGAGACAAGUCCAAGGAGCUGACGUCGAGGUUUUGGAAGAGGCUGAGAGUGGAGUUGCCAUUGCAGAGACAAAGCGGAGGGAAGGACGUGGGGCUGAUGAGGCUGAGCAGUCAGAACAGCACCAGCUCCCAAACCGGACUCAUUUCACAGACGAGCAAGUCGCCUCUGGACGUGUACAACUAUGCGGCGUGA